AUGUAUACGAGACUCACGUCGCACACUCACGCACGUUGGACAGGCAGCGGCGCGCCACCAACAUCCGCGCCGUGUCGAGGCGAGAGAGCAGCCACAGUCAGUCCGGCGCCGACAACCGCCACGCGAACACGUAUUCUCCAAAUAAUGGCCGCCGCCCACACGCACCCGGCCCCCGCGCCCUCAGACCGUCGCUCAGAGGGCCGUGCCGGUUCCCGCCGUAUAUUCCCACCACAAUUUAAGCUACAAGUUCUCGAAGCGUACAGGCGUGACGCUCAAUGUCGCGGAAAUCAACGGGCUACAGCAAGAAAAUUCGGUAUACAUCGUCGUCAAAUCCAAAAAUGGCUUCAAGCGGAACCUACACUUCGAGCAGCACUUCUGAGGCGAGCGCCGCAGCCAGCUCCGUCACCACCGCCGUACGCAGCUGGAUCUCCAGAGAGCGCACGGUUGCCUACGCCGCCACCAGUGACAGUAGCCACACCGGUGCAAGUGCCCACGCCUUUACCAGUACCAGUGCCCGUUCCUGUGCCUAUGCAAAUUUCUGAGCCCAUCGACCUGUCAGUACGUCGACCUACACCACCACCUGCACCUCAACCGGCCUAUGUGCCACCUACGGCACCUUGUCCGACACGCAAGCCUUUCAAACUAUUCCGGCCGUAUCUACUUGAAGACGAAGAAGAAAAGCGACCAUCGCUGGCAUCGCUACCUGUGUCUAGCGGCGUUCAUGUGUCAGCGUUUGUACCGGUGCAAAGCGCGGCGGGUUGCGCGCUUGCUGCGUGCUCUGCCCCGCGAUGGUGCUCACCUAUUCCCUCCUUCCCGGCUCCACUCAGAUGA